UAGUUUUUGGCAGUUUUUAUGGCGUUUUUGGAUCUACACGCGUUUUUGUCCACGAAGUAAUCUUCAAAAAUCUAGAUUAUUCAAUCGUAUUUGUGUUGUCAGGAUCGUAUUUCAAAGAACACUUGUAUAUUUGUAAACCUUGCUUGCGGCCUAACUAACAUUUCAAAGAUUUUCAAUGAUUAUCAACUAUGAUCUGACUGACUAUGAUCGUGAUCCUGACUAUGAUCCACUGGAUCCACUACACUGACCAUAAUGCAUCGCAGACGCAUCUUCUCUCUCCGGCGCACGGGAUGUAAUAUAAUGUUAUGUUCCCCAAUAAGCAAUGGUGAACGUAGAAAUAUUAUAUAGACAUUAGUUUAGUUUAAAAAAGAAAUGAAUAGAAUUUGCAAACUCCAGACACAUCAGGCAAACUUUAGUGAAGACGAUCUCGUUAUAAAUCCAAAGGAUUUUCAAAAUACUUUAAAAGUUGGAGACAUUUUGGAGAUCUAUCAAGAUUUUGAAGAUGGAACAAGCACAGGAAAUCUAUUGUUACAAAUAACGAACCUGCAGACAGAUUUUCAACAGAAAGAGACGAUUAGUCUGAAGCAUUGGAUUGCAAGUCGUUUCAAUUUUCGUACUUUGAGGGAUGUCUAUGUGAGGCAGGUUGAACCUACAGCUUAUACUUUAGCCUUAGUUGAGCUUAAAUUUAAAGAUCAAUACCUUGGUCAAAGUGAUAUGUGGAGAUUUGGGAAAACUCUCAUUCAUUCUGCUGUUUAUACAUCAAAAAGAGUAAGUUUUGCUGAAGCUCGAGCCGAAGUUCAUGAGAUGUGGUCUCAUGGUGAUGUUGCAAAGAAGGUAGCGUGUGGCAUAGUUGGAGAUGAUACGAGGAUUGUCUUUAGGUCUUCUUGUGCUUCAAUCUUCAUGUUUAUUCAAAUGAGUCAAGAAAUGUGGGAAUUUGAUAUGAAUGGAGAUCUUUAUUUUGAGAAGACAGUCAAUGGGUUUUUUGUUGAAUUGUUUGAGAAAUGGAAAGAAAUGAAAUGUACUCAUUCAUUGACAGUUGUCUAUUUUGCUCGAAUAUUCUAUGAUAAGAGUAUGCUGUGUAAUGCAUCAAAAGAGAAGCAUUCUCAACUUUGUUGUGAUUAUAUGGGUAGAAUGUAUGAAGAUAUCUACCAUGUAAUAGCUCAGGAUGAAAGACUUGAUGAUUGGUCUUCAAUUAUUAUCAAAUUGAAAAAACAUUUUAUUCAAUUUCCAAAAAUGUUAAAAAAAGAUGGUUUUCCUGAAAACUCUCUUGCACCAGCUUCUCAAGGAAAUUUCCUUGAAGUUUUAAACUUGGGUGCUAAUGUAUUUGAGAAGUCAUAUAUUGACCAAAGUUUGGAAGUAACAGGUCAACAAAUGGUAGUUAUAACUGCGGGUGCAGGAAUGUUUGAAGUUGAUAGAGAGUUGGCAACACUGACGAAACAAAGAAUUGUGGAUAAUGGUAUGUCUGCUGAUUUAGUAUGUAUGGCAGAACAACCCUUGCAUUCUGUGCCUUUGCUAAAAUUUCAUGGAAAGUUUGGUUCAUCAACGUUGAUUGGUGAUGAUUAUGGCAUACCUCAUUGGAUAAAUCAUAGUUUCUAUUCAUCAAAAUCUCAAUGCAAUCAAAAGAAAUGCUUUGUACCUCGUAUAAAGGUCCCUGAUAUCAUUCGUUGCCAUCAAGGAAUUGGAGAAUAUAAAAAGCAUCACAAUUUUUCAAGUCACAUUCAUUCUGAGGAAAUUCAAGCGAAAAAACUUCCCGAUUUUGUUGACUACGAUGCUUAUGACACAGAAGUGUUUAAAUGUGCUCAAACAAAACCUCGCCCACAGACUUUAACCCCAGGAAAUAACCCUUGGAAACGUUUUGAUGGUGGGUUUGAAGUAGAUUUUACUAAGGUAGAGAAGUUCUUGAAGAAGGAAAAAAUGGUGUCAAAGAGUGGCUCUAUUGAAAUCAAUGGAAAGCGAGACAAUAAUUGCAUUCACAAAGCACGAAGUUUAGGAGCGAUAAACUCGUUUGAUUGCAUCAAUUCAUCUGUUAAUGAUUACGCCAAUGCUGAUUUUUUAUCUUCUCAUUCACCUCCAAUCGCUUCACAACGUGCUGUAGUCGGUAGUGCAGAUGCGUCAUACUUUUACCAAGACAUCGGACGUCCACGAAGAUCCCUAACUAAUCCAUUUCGUCCUAACUACCUUCCUUGUAAGAUGACGUGUAACAGACAUCGCUGGAGACACACCUUUCCCAAGGGACCAGGAGGUGAAAUGAAACAAGAACAUCAUUACAAGAUUUCUGAUCACGUGGAUGACGAUAGUCUUCUCAAAUCUUUGGAGAUUGAACAGGAUUUAAGUGGAUUGACUGCAGGUCUUGUAGACAAAGAAGAUUCAGAAGUACCUAAGGAAGAAAGUGGAAUCAAGAGAACAACGCUGACCUCACACUUGAGUCGUUCUGUAGGCUCAGCUUCCUUCAGACACAAGGCAAUCAACAUGCAAGGAUUGGGUUGGGUUAAAAAACUCCAUGCACCCUCUGAAGAUGAUUGGACAGCGGCAAUGACAACUAGUGUUGACUGGAAGUCUCUCACUAUUCCUGCGUGUCUACCAGUGACCACAGAUUACAAACCAAAACAAAGUUUACUUGACAACCAUUAUAAAGUUUAUACUUACGACUUAUGUAUUGACGAAGAAUUUACAGGAAAUAGUGAUGAUAAAGGAGUUGUUAUGAAACCAGACGAUAAAUUGAAAGAAUUUAUUUCGCAAAGAAUAGCACAGGGUUUCCAGCUUGUAUGCUCAAAAACCUCCCAAGAAAAUGGUAUGUUUUUCUCGCCUGUUGUGCAGCCACGUUUUGGCGUGAUUCCACAAGGUGUCCCGGAUAAAGAAUAUUUUUUUAUGAUGGGAAGAAAUUUUCAUAAAUUAACUUACACUGUGUCGUCCGAACAAGUAUCAUUUACCCGGUAUCAACCAACCCACGUUAUCAAUGUUCCUCCGGUAUUUUAUUCGUAUCGUUUGUGGUGUGAAUUUACUCAACAACACGUCAAAAUGAAAACAAUAUUUAACAAUAAUGACAUCACGAAUUAUAACUGGAAUUACAUGGAUCAAUAUAUUGCACGUGAUCCGGAUUAUUUAAACUUAAUUGAGUCUCUCAAUUACUGGCGCAUACGUCUUUUGUUACUACCUGUGCAACAGCUGAAAUAUUUGACUCGUGAUGAAGAGGAUAAUAAUGCCCUUCAAUCAAAAUACAUUCAAGGAUUUUUGAGGUUUCAAAGUCAUAGACGACGAUCCUCAAGUAGCGAGAAUGAAGACAACACUAACACAUCUCUAGCAGAUGUCAUCAAACAAUUGAAAAGGAAAAAGUCUGGCUUAAACUUUCUAAAUGAAAUGCAAAGUCUACCUCGUUUGUCGUUCCUUGGAACAGAUUUAACAUCAUGGUUAAUUCGAACUCUCUCUUUUAUUUCAUCGCGCUCGGAAGCUGUAUCUCUUGCACAGAGAAUGUUAGAUGAAGGUUUUAUUAAACAUGCAUCUGGCUUGAAUAAUCCAUUUAUUGAUGGAUUUUAUUUUUAUAAAAUUGUGGAAAAUGGCAAAAGGAAACAAGAGGAGACUCGAGAUCAAUUUCAGAGAAAAUGGUUUGAAGUUGAAUUAAAAGAGCAAGGUUCUGAAAUCUCACCCUUUCCUUUCGCCAAUUUUAGUCACAAUGACAUAUCACAAGAUAAAAGAAAGAUUCCUGAUCUGUACAAAGAUUGUGAGUUGAAUCUUGAUAACAAUUCUAGUGACCGUCCUGAAUGGUGCAAUGUAAGAUACCAUGGUAUAUACUGCCCAGAUAAUGCUUAUGGUUUACAAGUUGGAUGGUUAAUAUCAACUGGAUCCGUUAUUAAUCAAUUGGUUCAAAGCUGGGCACGUAAAGCGACAUCUUAUGGAUUUCAGUUGGUUCCAGUACCUACGUUUCUCAUCGACAAUCAUCUAGCACGAAAUGAUCCUUUUACAAACGCUCACUACAUUCCGUUGGACGUCACGUUGCUUAGCGGACACGAAGCAUUUCAAAAUAUAUCAAAGAAGGAGUUUGAUUUGAGGGUCUUAGUAUUACAAGAAAAAAUUUUAAGAAGGUUUGGGUUCUUAAAAGACUUUCCAUAUGGUUCAGGAAUCUACGAAAAUCAUAGCAGAAACCGUAAGCCCCCAUCUUCUUAUCGCUAUGUCCAUUUUACUGGUACACUAUUUAUGACAUUACUGGAUAGUAAGCUACAACAAUUUGUGAUGGAUGUCAAGGACAAAAGUGGCAUGUAUGGAUAUGUAUGGAGACUCAAUAAUGUACUGACAAAACGUUGGAAAUCCUCAGUAACAAUAGAUCAUGAGACAAUCUGCAAAUUGGUCAAACAUAUAAAAGCAUUUUGCGAUAACAAGAACGGCAAGUUGGCAAAGUUUCUUAAGACAUCCCUCCCUGCUGAAGAUUAAUAAAUAGUUAUGAAACAAGUAUUUUAGAAGUAAUGAUUUAUUUCGGGGCAAUUGGUCUAUUUAAAAUUGUCACCAGAAAUCGUAUAUCCCAUUGAAAUAUUAGGUUUAGUCAUUUGCUUAUUCUUAAAAAUUGCAUUAAAUGAAGUAUUCUGGGUUGAAAA